AUGAUGCAUGCACGAAACACCCAUCAAGAUUGCGAAGCAACUGUGAUCAAGGCAAACAGAAAACAUCAGAUUAUUUUAAACUUGGAGGUCAAACGGAUCGAGAUGGAAAAGAAGAUGCGAGAAAGGUAUUUCUGCUUUGAAAUGAGCCUCAUAAGAGCUCGUAGGCUCAAGAUAGUUGACCGACAAAAAUCUCUAGGAAUUUAUCGUCCACAAACACUGGAUGGAAAAGAAAAGAGGAAAGGAACACUGCAGGCGACGUCAUUUUUCUUUACGGCGCGACCUGUUGCCAUGGAAACCAACAUCAAACUCCCGUCUUUGUUUCAAGACAGCCAGACUUGUCCUAAAUUGCCAACUAAACUCUCAGAAAACUCCAAAAUGCUUCAAUUUUUAACGCAUAAGAAGAAAAACAAAUUAAUUAUGGAUAAGGAGAAAACGAAGAGCUUUCCAAAGCAAACGAUGAGAGCUAGGGAUAAAGAAACGGGUAACAAUCAAUUUAAAGCUCAGUUCCUUAUGAAACAAGGGUCACAAAAACUCGAUGGAAGUAAAGUAGACUAUCAGGAAAGAGGUAAUGAGGUGAACCAAGGUGAUACUUACAGUUCUAAUCAUCAAGAUGAAUUUGUAAAACAGUUGGAUGCACUAAGCUUAAUCAGCAAAGACGAUGAGCAUGACAGAACCAAAGGAGGAGUGUCUUCUGAAGAUAAAGCUAAAGAGAGCAAACAGAACAAUGCCAGUUUCGAAGACAGCAAUUUAGUUCAACGUACCGCACGAGGAAGUCAAGUUACUGAGAUUUCGAUGGCAAUGGCAAAGUCGGAAAAUACUGUCAAAAUUUUGCCGCUAAUUGACCCGAUUCGUUCAGAAAACACUUCAACGAGAGCUCAAAUCAGUAGCUUAACAACUGUUCAGGAGUUACAAACUUGGCGUAAAAGUUUUAAGACCUUCUCAGGCUUCGAUCCUUGUGAUAACUUAAAGGGCCUAACUAGGACAAAGUCGGCAACGGUGUAUCGAAAAGACAAUGAAGUUUAUAGUUUUAAGGUCAGACCACAGACGGCCUUUUCAAAACUGACAACAUUUCCCACCGAGGAAAAUCUAACCUGA